UAGCUAUUUCAAUAUUAGAUUAAAAUAAAGUUCAGGUGCUUUCAGGUUUUAAAAUACAUAACAUCGAUAUGAAAACAAGAGGAAUGAACAUUUUUUCGCUGUUCCUUCUGCUCUGUCUCUUGGAGGAUGUACGUUCUUUGAUACCUCCAGUCGUCGAAGCAAGCGAUAUAAAGGUUACAUGCGGUACACAGACUGGAAUGAGCGAGCCACUGAUGAUCGGACCAGUUACUAUAGUUAUAAACGUACAAGAUCUUCCGGAUGUCAGAAACUACACAGUGUAUGCGUUUUCCUCAGACAACCCCCCGUGCGAGUUCAGUGGUUUACUCGAUAACAGCACACAAAAUCCGGGUACUUUCUUCAACAGGUGGUACGCCUACACUUGGAGCGCCCAAACGCUCGGCAUAGGAUCGCUAGGUCCAUGUGGAAUGGAAAGGAAGAAUGCCAGCACAAUUCAGAUUAAGAUAGAAGUGGUAGAAGGUACAUGUACAUUACUGACAGACGAAGAGAAGGCGUUUAAUGCAAGCACAAUUCAAAUGAAGAUAGUAGUAGUAGAAGGUACUUUACUGACAGACAAAGACAAGGCGUUUGUAAUUGAAUGUGUGUACAAUCCAGCGGGAACAGGUCCAAUCUCGACAGUUAAUAUUGACAACGAUAUAGUACCGCCAGAUGGUGAUGUUAGCGCUACUGGUACUCCGAAUCAGCUUGAUAGAACGUAUGGAUUGACCCUCAUCUACUCUACAACAGCCAACCCCGUUUCCAACCCUGUUAAUAUUGGAACUCACGUCCAGUUAAGAGUAUUGGCGAGUGGAGACGAUGAUGGGACCAAUGGCGCAGUCGGAGAUGAGAACGGCGUCCGUGUUGUAUCGUGUACAGCUAAAAACGAUGACGGUUCCAAGCAAGUUGUAAUCAUAAAUGAAUACUGCAGAGAUUUGACAUCAGAAAUCAAAUGGGUCCCCAUUUCGCCAGUACCAACGGACCAAGUUGGAUUUACAAGCAAGUACUUACAGUCAUUUUCACCACCGUUUGAGAUGUUUGCUAUUACUGGAGGAAGCAGACGCAAUCUUGUGACGUUCACAUGUGACGUAGAUGUAUGUCGGACCCAAGAUAAUUGUGAUGGGGACAACUGUCCAUUGAAACGGCGAAAACGUGAACUCCUAAACAGCAUCCGUGGUCCUAAAUACAGCAACGUCGGAGAUGGUCACAUUCAGUUGACGGCAUUGGUGAUGGUACAAUAUGUCGACCCAACGUCUGGUAAUAGUGGCGCAGAAAAAUGUUCACGGAUAUCUGGAAAGCAGUUUUGGAUCCUCAGCUUUCUCAUCAUUAUGCAUCAUGACUCACCUAACUAGACAUUCAUUGAAACACAAUUAAAAUUGUUACCCCCAUUUUUGACAUUUUUGUUGUCUAGAAGUGUUCUAGAUGAUAUCAAAGUUUAAGAAAAUUUGAAUCAUGUCUAGAAAUAUUUUAAAAAUUAGGGCCAUUGUGGUGGGUUUGGGUG